AUGCGGAAGCAGGCUGGCGCGGAGGAGCAGCCUGAAUGUCUGAAACCUGAGACCAUCUUGAGCCCCCUGGGUAAUGAGUCCCUGCAGAAGAAGCUGACCAAGCUGAAGGACGCUGCUGACAAGAAAGAGGCGCACUUUGAGAAAGCAGAGCAAGAAACGCUCAACAAGCUCAAGCGGGAGUAUGACGACAAGGAGGCGAAAGUGCUCGGCAAAUUCCAGCAUGAAGCAGAACAAGCCUGGAUGAACCAGUUCCAGAAGAAGCCAGAGGCCACCUCCCUGCUUGCUGGGAUGCAUGCCAAUGCAAGCAAGCCCGCCCCUGCCAACAAGUCCAGCGACUGGUGGAAGGUCCUGUCUGCAGAGGAGGAGGAGCAACUAAAAGAAAGCCUAGAACAACUAAAGGAAAGCCUGCAAGAAGACGAGGAAGCAGUAGAAAAUAAAACGGUGAAGAAGCUUGAAGCCGUGCGGGAUGAGUUUUCUCACAAGGAGACGAAGGCUGUAGACAAGCUCACAAAGAAGAUCGAGAAGAUGCAGAAGAAGGAGAUCAAAGCCAAGGAAAAGCUGCAGAUGGUCCUCGAGAAGCUGGAGAACAAGUCGAAGUCCACUCAGAAGAAAUUGGAAGAAGUUGGCCCGGAGAUCAUCCAACGCAUCAAGGAAGAGUACGAGGAGAAGAAGCGCAGCCUGGAACAGCAGUUUAAGGAGAAGGCCGCGCAGCUGAAGAAAGAGCAAGAGGAAAAGCAAAAGGAAGAGGAGGAAAAGAGAAAAGAGGAGGAGGAAGCAGAGAAGGAGGCGGCGGAGAAGGAGCUCGCCAAACAGAACGCAACCAAGCAGAACGUGACAAAGCAGACCAUAGCAAAGUCUGCAAAGCCCGCAGUCGCUCCAAAUGCUCCAAAUGCCACAAAGGCAGCGAGCUCCCAGUUCAAAAGCCAGUGGCCAGAUGCCGGACACUGGCUCCGAAGCCACACCGGCAUCCUUAUGCUGGCAGCUCUUGCAGUCUCCGCAUCGGCGCUGCUUUUCUGCCGAUCACUGCACCCAAAGCAUCCAGCUUUGCUGGAGCCGUUGGUGUGA